AUGACGUUUGCGACGCGUCGGAGUCUUCGUCGCUCGCAGACAAUCGACCAUGAUGAACUCGCUGAUACAAAAAUUGGGUUAAUCUCGAUGCCUCCCUCCACUCAGCCAAAGCGUCGAGGACGACCGCCAAAGUCAUUGACAUCCGUAUCGCGCGGGCUUACUGGCUCCAAGCCUCGUGGACGACCGCCAAAGUCAUUGACAUCCGUAUUGCGCGGAAAGCUUACUGGCUCCAAGCCUCGUGGACGGCCUCCUGGACGGCCUUCCAGCACUGCUCCUCACAUAAUGACCGACAAACGCAUCGCACUGAAGCUGGGCUGGCGACUGCGGAAAGCCACGAUGGGCAAGCGAGUCGGCAAUGCCGCUCGAUCGGUAUACCUUCUUUCGCACCAGUGGCCGUGGGACCUGGUCGCAGGCUUCAAACCAAAGACAUGGAGCAUCCCGGCUGUGGAGAAUUUGAGGAAGCUCUUUAAUAUUAUCUAUCGAGUCUAUCCAGCGGAUGAGCAUCAGAACGACUUUCGGUUUGUCAAGAAUUAUCUACGCGAAUGCGCAAUGAAGCGCCAUCGACGGCGCCCGCAAUUGAAAAACUGCGACGUCGAGGAUGCAUGCGAUUAUUUCGCAGAUAGCGAUAAUGCCAGGCGUGAUGUUAUUCACACAGCAGUGACGCGAACGAAGACCUCAAUCAGCACAGUCGUGCCAGAAGACGAAGAUGGAUGGCAAGACUUUAGAGAUCAUCACCAUUUUGGCGACGAGGAUGAUGAAGAAUAUGUUGACAUUGCUACUCCUGCAAAGCGAUCACGAACACCCUCUUCACCUUUGCUGAGCCCGAAGCGAGCAAGAACGGCGGAGUCCACCGAGCCACGCCAACAGACCAUCGCAGACAUCACCAAAUCAUUACAAUCAUUGCACGCCCAAAAGCAGAAAGAACUCGAAGCGGUAACCAAUUCACUGGACGAGAUCGCAGCUUCAAUCCAAGCAAGUGAAGCAGCGCAAAUAAAUCACAUAAACGAAAAAGUUGACAAAUUGACCUCCGACGUGAAGGCCUACGAAACAGAACGGGAGAAGAUCCUCAAAGCUCGAAACUUUAUGGAAAACCACCACGAAGUCAUGAGGAUGGAAGAAGACGAGCUCGCAAAGAGACUGCAGAUGUACACGUCAGACCUCGAAGAAUGCGAUAAAUUAAUUGCGCAGGCAGAGGCCGAUGUUUACAAAGAGCUAGAUCAGAUUAAGCAGAAGGAUGUCAACCUGGCAGAUGAGGAGAAGAGGCUGGAAGGACGUGUGAAGGAGGUUCUGGAGGAGGUUAGACAUUGCAGUGUUGUCGAGACGUUGGUGAGGUUGGGGCCUGGCGGGAUGGCCAAGUUAUUGGGGAGACUGGAGGGAAAUGGUGUUGAGUUGGUUGAGAUGGCGGAGAGUAUCAUGAAUGAGGCUGAGGUAUAG